CUUUCUUAUCUUUGCGAGCAUUGAUUUGGAUGGGCGACCCACUCUAAUGCUGCGUGCGGCGACUCGCUCGUAAAUCAGUUUGCUUCCAUCACCGACCUGAGAUAAUUCAACAAUCGCAUCGGAAUCAUCGCGAAAAUGGCCGACGAGAGCCAAAUUUUUCUUCAGUACUUCAAAGUACGCCGAACGCUAAAUAUGAUCUCAGGUGUUUGCUUCCUGCUUUACGUCAUCGUUAUUCCGGCGGUCUACUUCAGUAUCAGCUCAAAUAGUAAUGCAGAUUAUUCUUACAUUUUGUACGCGCCACUCAUGGUGUGUCUGUUCAUCCAGAUUGGCUGCGGACUUGCGAUAUUGCACUAUCGUCGUAAAUGCAUGCGCCAAAUUGCAGCAAAUGCAGUCAACUACACGCAGAUUAUGGCAAACGCUCAACAAGGAGCUGGUCCUUACCAGCAAGCUAGUGCUGGACAAUCACAAACAGUCUACGUCCUUCCACCCUCAGCUAUCCAACAGCUCAUGCAAAGCAACAGAAACGUCGCUUCGUUCCCGAGCGCCGUUCAAGAUGCCCCGCCGAGUUACUCCCAAGUGGUGUCGAAUGAGCAACCUGGCAGUAAGCCACCCUCGGCAGGGUGGGUUGUUCCACCGCAAACAGGCUCGAGCAGCUCGCUUUCGCUGGACGCCCAACCAAUGUGACCGACGGUCGACCCCUUCCACACACUGUGAUAACGUACAAGUUCUAAUUAGUCAUUUAUAUCACCCUGUAUUAUCUUAACAUUUAAUUGCUAUAAGUCAGGAAUCAAGAACGUGAACAAUUUUAAAUGUAAAAAUAUUUUAAUUCUGACUGAAAUAUAUUAAUUUGUUUUUUAAACAAUUUAAUAUUCAUCAAGGAAUAAAAAUUUAAGAUUUCAAAUGAAAUAACUUUA